AUGGAUAUUGCCUCCCAAGCUCAGUCCACUCGGCCCCUCGACAACUUUGCUAUCGAUUUUUUCGCCAACGUCACUGACCCCACUGCAAGGCAAACAGUGGCAGACUUUAUCCAAAUCAUGCGCAGUAAUUUGGCCAACAACGCCAGAGAAGUACAAGAGCUUCGCAACAGCAACUAUCUCCGCGCCAAGGGACUCCAGCCUGUACCGGAGAAGAAGAAAGGCGUCAGCAUCUCUCAAGAGGUCAUCAAAGCCAACAUCAAAGCAGUAGAGGAAUAUGCCAAGGCUCUCCCCGCCAAGAAGCCAGCCAACGGAGGAUCGGGCCGAGGAGGCAAAGGCCAUCGCGGCGGCGGCCGCGGUUGGGGCGGCAACAACUUUCAAUACGGCCAGCAACAGCGACCCCAGUACCAACAGCAAUACCAGAAACAUUCGCAAUACCAACAAUACGCUCCAGCGUAUCCUCCAGCGCCCCCGCAGCAGCAACAACAAUUUGCCUUCCCGAACCAAGGCUUCAACGAUUGGAACGGCCAUGGACAGUUCCAAGGACAGGGUUUUCCCAGGGGCAACCGCGGACGGGGACGCGGCCGAGGCCAGAGCUCCCAAUAG